AUUCCACACACACCUAAUUAACAUCACAUCUACACUACUCUAGACCCUUCUUUACAUUCCAAACCCCACUCUAUAAAUAAAGAGUUUCAACCCUUCUUUUUUUCAUAUUCACACUCAUCCAUUUCAUUUCUUCAAUAAUAACAACAAUCUAAACUACUAAUUAAGCCAUGGCCGAUGAAGUGAUUCUUCUUGAUUUUUGGCCAAGUCCAUUUGGUAUGAGAAUCAGAAUAGCACUUGCUGAAAAGGGUAUCAAAUAUGAAUACAAAGAAGAAGAUUUGAGGAACAAAAGCCCUUUGUUGCUACAAAUGAAUCCUGUUCAUAAGAAAAUCCCUGUUCUUAUUCACAAUGGUAAACCCAUUGCUGAAUCUCUAAUUGCUGUUCAGUAUAUUGAUGAAGUUUGGAAUGAUAAAUCUCCUCUGUUGCCUUCUGAUCCUUAUCAGAGAUCACAAGCUAGAUUCUGGGCUGAUUUUGUUGACAAGAAGAUGUAUGAAGUUGGAAGGAACCUUUGGACCAAAAAAGGAGAAGAGCAAGAAGCUGCCAAGAAGGAAUUCAUAGAAGCCAUCAAAUUGUUGGAGCAAGAGUUAGGAGACAAGACUUAUUUUGGAGGAGACAAGCUGGGUUUUGUUGAUGUAGCACUCAUUCCAUUCUACACUUGGUUUAAAGGCUAUGAGACUUUUGGUAACAUCAAUGUAGAGAAGGAAAGCCCCAAGUUCAUUGCUUGGGCCAAGAGAUGUAUCCAGAUUGAGAGUGUUUCCAAGUCUCUUCCUGAUCAGGAUAAGGUCUAUGACUUCAUUGUGCAGAUCAGGAAGAGGAUAGGCAUUGAAUAGGUUGGAGAUGUUUGGCCAAACUGAUUCCACAUGUCUUACUCUUAACUUUUCUGAUAGAAAAAUAAUGAUAUUAUGUAAUAAAAGGCACUUAGAUGGUGUAUGUACAUGACAAUUGUUUUUGUCAUGAUAUAAUUUGUCAACCUUCCUUGAUGGUUUGAGGGAAAGAAAUGUGGAAGGAAAAAAAAUACGGAAAUCAAAGAAUGAAUCUAGACUAAACCUUAAUCUUUAAUCUAAGUUCAUUUGUUGGUUUCCAUGUUUUUCUUUCUUUCAUCUUUCAUUCUCUAAAACCAAAUUGUGAGUGAAAUGUUUGUCUAGGUUCUAGUAGUGGCUUUUAUUUUGGUUGUGAUUUUGUUUAGUUGUAUCUCUCAUUUGUAGUUGCUUUUGUAAUUGGAUUGGAUUACUCUAUAUUCAUUUCUCCUAUCGUAA